AUGGGACAUCAUUCUAGAAGUCACCACCAUUCAAGACACAGAUCAAGAGAUCGCCGCUCUCAUUCUCGAGAUCAUUCAUCUGAGCGCAAGCACCGUAAGAGUGACUCUCGGCAUAGGAAUCAUAGAAAAAGCAAAAGAACAAGCGAAGAGCGAGAAUUGCGCAAAAAACAAGAACGACUUGCCAAGGCCAGAAUUCUGCUUCUUCAAGAGGAAGAAGAAGCCGAAAUGCUCCCUAUGGCACAGGACGCUUCAAAAGAUGUGCAAAACUCUGAGAAUCCUUCUCAGCAGGACCGCUUUCGUGACGAACUGGAGUUUGAUGAAGAAAUGCCAAUUCACCUGGCAAGUUAUGAAAAUCUCUAACUCCCCCCCCCCCUCCGUGAGCGAACAAAAAAAUUUUGUUCGCUCACGGAGGGGGGUUAAUUUUUUUUUUUUUAAAAAAAAUUUAUAUAUAUAAAUUUUAUAAAAAAUAAUAUUUUUUUCGAAAUUUAAAAAAAAUCCUAAUUUGCAAAAAUUGGGAAGCAAAUAUUAAUUUAAUUUGCAAAAUUUAUGUUUUAAAACGCAAUUUGUUUAAAAUUAAACAGAAUUAGCUCUAGAUUUCAUUAUACUAAUUAUCACUUAUAUAUCAAAAUUUUUUUUCCAUUAAAAUUUUUUCUAUUAAAAAAAUUUUUGUUCACUCACGGAGGGUGGGUUUUUGGUCAAAAAAUGGCGAUUUUUCUAAUGGUUUUGUUCGCUCACGGAGGGGGGGGGGGAGUAAGGGACAUUUUUUCUAUGAAUGUAAAAUUUUUUUGAAAAUAUACAUGAAAAUAAAAAAUUUGCUUUCAUUUUUUUAAAAAAAAAAAUAAGAAGUGGUUUUUUAUUGACAACCCAAUUCACCCUGUAAAAGACCUGAGCUCAGAAAUUGACCCCCUCGAUCAAUAUAUGAUGGAAAUCGACAAAGAAGCAGUCCCACAAGAAGGCAAAGCAAGAAACCAACAAAUUGAUGAGGUAGAUGAAGAAAUAGAUGAAGACGGCCUAG